CGGAAACUAAACAAGGUUCCGGAAGCAUUUCGUUGCAGGAGUUCAACUGACAUUUGUUGUCAUCGGCCCUUCUCGCUGUCAUAUAGUAAAUAUUUCACCGGACGUAGGACGAAGGCGCGGAUGAAUGGCAAUGAUGGCAGUGAGAGCAGCGGCCUCGGCUGCGGGAACCCCGGCGUCUAUGUCCCGCUUCAGGGGAGCGCUGGUGGCGGCUGUGCUGGGAGACUGCGUCGGUGGAGAGUUUGAAGGAGCGGAGGAGGUUCCAAUGGAGACCGUACUGCAGCACCUGAGCGGCCUGGAAGAUGAAACUAAAGGAAACUGCGUCCUUGAAUACAGUGAUGACACUGCGAUGACGCGUUGUGUGGUCCAGUCUCUUCUGAACCGGUCUGGAUACGAUCAGCAGGACUUGGCCCGCAGGUUUGCGAAGGAGUACAGUGCCUCCCCCGGCCGAGGUUAUGGUUCUGGAGUGAUCCAGGUGUUGAAGAAACUUGCCUCCCCCCAGCUUGUUGACGUUUACCAACCAGCAAGGGAUCAGUUUAACGGUCGGGGCUCAUUUGGAAAUGGCGGGGCAAUGAGAGCAGCCCCCUUUGCGCUGGCUUUUCCUAAUUUGCCUGAUGUUAAACGGUUUGCCUGUCUUGGUGCCAUGCUGACACACUCCUGCUCUCUGGGUUAUAACGGAGCUGUCCUGCAGGCAAUGGCUGUUCAUCUGUCCCUCCAGGGGGCGCUCUGCCUGCCUCAGCAGUUCAUAAGUAGGCUGAUAACAGAGAUGGAAGAAGUGGAGGGCGAGGAGGAGGCUCUUCGUGAUGCCAGAAUCCUAAAAGAAGCAGAAAAACCAUUCUGUGAGCGUCUCCACAGAGUCAGAGACUUGAUGGACAGAAAUAAAGUGAGCAUAGAGGAAGUCAUCUCUGAACUGGGAAACGGUAUCGCAGCUCUACACUCUGUCCCCACUGCCAUCUUCUGCGUCCUCCACUGCCUUCAGCCACGGGACUACCUUCCAGAGAGGUACGGAGGCCUGGAGAGGACAAUAGCGUACAGUUUGGCCUUGGGAGGUGACACAGACACCAUAGCCUGCAUGGCCGGGGCCAUCGCUGGGGCCCACUACGGAGUCGAGGCCGUUCCUCAGAGGUGGAUGAGGUGCUGUGAGGGGGCGGAGGACGCUGACAUGAAUGCAGCGCGGCUUCAUGCGCUUUACCACCAGACGUCACAAGGGGGCAGAAGUGAGACAGAGAGCUGUGAGGACAAAUCGGAGUCAAACGGGACUGAGAAGAAAAAGGACUGAUGUCAUCAAAGACGAUUUCACUGUGUUUGGAUCCAGCCAGUGUUAAGAACUGCUAAGUUGGUGUAGAGAAGUGCUUGUUUUUAAAACUGUCCACUUGUGGUUUGUCAAGUGACUGAAUAUAAAGGUGAGCAAGGUCAUAUAGAAACUGGACAUCCAUAUCGUAAGCUCACCUGUUUUAUGCUGAAUAAUUUUUUGUCACUACAAAUUGUCCAUCAAUGUUUUUUCUCCUUUAGACGAUUAGUAAACCUUUUAAAACCCUAAA